AAGCCCUCCAUCUCCUCGUAGAAGGAGCAGACUGCCCCGUCGUUACUUCCCGUUACUUCGCUUCAAAUCAUUCGCCCUGGACAUGCGCCCACCGCCUCGUUGAUUGAGACCACUCCACAUGGCGUUGACGAGGAGUUCCAGAUAAGGCGAAUUGGCACUUGAGUUGCCUCGUGCAUAAUCCUACAACCUACAGCCUGUACGCCAGGCUUCGUCGAUCGAGACGCUUUCCAGCAUCGCGCGACUUCUCGAUGUUACGCUGCAGGAGCUGGGGAUACCAUGAGCUGAGAAUGGCGAGGGGUGUCACCGCCAUCGAGUUGCUGGACGACGUCGAUGUUCAGACGUAGUGAAGUAUACAUGGUAUCUGUUGAUAGCAGUCUACGGUGCUGCCGACGGGAGUCGGUAUUCGAGCUUGAUAUCGGCAUGCUACUGCCACUGGACGACGCAGCAGCACUUCCCCGAGAUUACACCUGCAACACCUCUAAGCCUCAUAUUCACGUUACGAUAGCGCUGCGAGACGUUCAAGAUGUGGUGGCUGAUGACACGAUGGACUCGCUCUCAAUACACUGCCAUUUCUCAGAACUCUCUGCUCACGGAGGAUGACCCGGAAAUUGGAGACGCUCUAAAAGAAGGACGAGAGCGAGAAGUCCGCAGAAAAUGGCAAAUCAAGCCAGCUAUGAAAUGUAAUUUUUCGGGAGUCCUGAUACUCGUUGCUGGAGCAGCUUUACUUAUAGCGCUUACGAUACAAUGCACAAUCUGGUACCUACUUUCGCGAGGCAUGCCUGGUCUCCGGCCGACCGAGUUCUCACCUCUAUAUCGGCUAUUCAAUAACAUCCACUAUGAGAUCGCCACCAUACGCACCGGUCACUUGGCUACUGCAGAUGCUCCAGAUCAUAUCUAUCGCCAGCCACAAAGUGUAGAAGUUCACGAUGCAUGGGUCAAUUUGACCGACACGGCGAUCUUCCCCAUCACUCGAAACGAAGUGAUUCGGCUAGGAAAGGAUCCGGAUUAUGCUGUCAAGGCGCCAGAAGAAUGGGGCUGGCCGAAGGACAGUUACCUGGCGUCCCUCGAGGUGUUCCAUCAUCUUCACUGCCUCGACGUCCUUCGGAGAAACUUGCUCCACCAUUACCACGUCUAUUGGGGUGUUCGCUUCGGCUUCAGCCCCAAUCUCGUAUGGACAUGGCAUCUGACACACUGUCUGGAUAUAUUGAGGCAACACCUGAUGUGCAAUGCAGACACUGCAAUGUUCAUAUACUCUUAUGUGGAGGGACAGACGGAACCGCAAGGCGACUUCACUGUGCAGAAAAAAUGCAUCAACUUCGACCAGAUCCACGAAUGGAAUUAUAAAAAACGGCAGGACAAUCUGCUGCACAGUCACGAGCCUCCGUGGAGAUCCAGAGUCGCACCGAUCAAAGAGCUGCCUCCAGCGCCAGGCGUUCCCAGGAUUACGAAUGAGACUGUAUAUGUGGACUAUGGCGAUGGCUUGAGUGUUCCCACAGGAGUGAUACCAGGCCUCGAGGGCAAGGAAUAUUGCUUGGGCGAGAUAGGUGAGUACACAUGAAACGACGGACAAGAGACUGUCGCCUUAAGAGACCUUCAUAUGUCCUACGGGCUUGCCCGUUGGUGGCACAGAACAUCGACCCAUCUCGCCGAUAUAGACAGGUAG